GUUCGUUCAUCCGGUCUUGUUCCUAUUUUUCGGGCCCCCCAACGGCAUCCCAUCCAAGAUGUGAAGCUGUUUCUUCACCCCUGGACCCCUGUGCUCCUGUCCGGCCUUCCACGCCGCCUCCUACCACGCGAGCGAGCCAAGCCAAGCCAAUAUUGCUGCCGGUAUCCCCCCCUCAUCCCAUCCCAUCUCACCCGUUCACCCACCUGUCAUUCUGUUCCCUCUUAACCUCUCCGCCUCCCUCCCCCCCUAGCCAGAGCCAGGGAUCGUCGAGAGCCUCAGCUUGCUUACUUCGUCAAACCGCCAAAGCCGACCGAGCUCGACGACUGACCCUUCGAAUCGUGGUGAAGGACGGACCAUCGAGCAGCUGCCGAUUCGUAAAGUCUCCCGAACCGUCGCAUUUGCCCACCCCGAACCUUGGAAGCGCUGUUACCCGCGCUCCGUCAACCGACGACAGCCUCAACUUUUCGGUCACCUGGACCGAAUCCACUCGUUUAUCCCGUCGCCUUUGUUGGUAGACUGCAGCCCCGAAAGCUCCCAGUGGUGUGGCGGUCACGUUUCUCCUUGGUGCCAUUUCUAUACAACCCACCUUUGCGCACUUUGUCUGGUCGAUCGCCGGCUAGGAACAGUCGACGCCGAUCAACGUGGGGUUCUCCCGGAAACCAACAAAAGGCCUAUCUCUCGCCCCCGGCCCUUGCGGUUGUCGAGAUCAUCUUGCUUGGCCCGCCGUGUCGACCACCAGAGGACAGGAUUAUGUUUUGUCUCUCACACCUGCGUAUCGCAGCUUCAUCAUCAUGAUGGCCUCCGCCAUGCCUUCACCGCCGCUAUGGCUUUUCCUUUUCCUGGCCGUCGCCUCUCUGACGCUUGCUUCGGCACCCUCGCUGGACACGCUCCCGGCUCAAAUCACGGCCCCGGCGUUGAUCCCCCCAAUGGACGCCCUCGUCGUCGAUGACCGCACGCCCACCAUGAUCAAGGGCCGUUGGAUCAUGCUCCCGCCGGGGCGCAACGAGCUGAAGAAGCGCGACGAGGACGGCAUCACGCCCACGCCGACCGCGACCGGGGCGACCAAGGCCAAACCCACGACGCUGACCGUCUCCGUCACCGCUCCCGCCGCCACGGUGGAUGUUGUUCCGUCCCCCUUGCCCUCGCCCUUCGACACCAGCCUCGCCUUCAACUUUACGAGCAACGACGGCGCCUCCUGCCCGCGCUUCAUCAACUCGUUCCUCACUAACCAAAACUUCAAGAAGUGCUACCCGCUCUCGAUGCUGCUCCAGGGCUCGCGAUCUUUUUUCGAGGCCGAGAAGCAGCUCUUGAGCAUCGUGCGCGUGCUCGACGCCACCUGCAGCGCCGAUGUCGAAUUCUGCGCCGAGUUCCUCAACGGCGUCGCCGGUAACCUCACCAUGGACGCCAACUGCGGCUCCGACUACCAGAGCGGCAACCCCAUCGUCAUGCAGGCCUACCUCGGCCUCAAGGCGUACGAGAUGUUGUACAAGGCCACCUGCCUCACCGACCCGGACACGUCCAUGUACUGCUUCGCCAACGCCGUCACGAACCUCACCACGCCCUCCAACGUCUACUUCUACUACCUCCCACUUAACAUGUCGCUCCCCGGCAGCGCGAAUCCGACGUGCGGCGCUUGCCUCCGGCAGACCAUGGAGAUCUACCAGACCUUCACCACGAACCGCAAACUCGCCAUCUCGUCGACGUACGAGGACGCCGCCAUGCAGGUCAACACCAUCUGCGGCCCCGAGUACGUCAACGACACGCUCCUGGCCGCCGUGAGCUCGGCUGUACUGGCGGUGCCCUCGUGGGCUCUCACAGCGGCGACGCUAUCGCUGGCAAUGGUCUGCCACUUUUGGUAGCCCGGACGGCGCAGCAGCAGCCGGCCCCGGCGGUUACGAGUCACGCUUUGGAGUUCUUUGAUUUUGCAGCAAGCGCCAUGAUACCCUCCGCAUUUCUCCAGCAUUUACCAUUUUUUUUUAAUUCUCUUCACCGUGUUGUUGUCCGAAGUCGCCCAGUCAAUCCACACCACAUCUAUUGUUCGUAUUGUUUCAGUUCAAGGUCGGAUAUGGGAGGGAGGGAGGAAGGAAGGGAAAAAAGGCCCGGUCCCGACGGACGGCAUCGGUGGGCGGCGGUUCAGUCAUUUUGGGGGCAUAUACGCGGCCAUCGAGGCAGGAAUGAGAGACAUGGCGACGGCAGCCAGGGGCAUCCGAUGAGAUGCGACGCACAUUUUAUUUAAUCUUCGCAGCGUGCGACAGUUCAUUCUAUUCUCGUAAAUACUUUGGUGAGGGCCGGUUUCAUUUUACCUUGGGUAAAGGAAGAAGACGGACACGGCCUGCCACGGGCCUCUCAAUACAAUAUGUAGUCAAACC